AUGCCCAUCUCCGUCUCUACAAUCCCCUUCCUUUGUCAUAUCCUUAUUGAAACCCCCGCCGCCCUCACUUUUAUCCUUCGUCCCUCCUCCCACGUAUCGCCGCUACCUCCAUCCGCCGGCCUCCUCCUCCAGUCUCUCGGCGGCCUCCUCCUCGCCUCCAACCUCAUCGCCCUCAUCUUCGUCCGUCGCCCCCUCGAUGAUGUCGCUCGCCACGUUGCCCUCGCCCUCGCCUUCUGGCACAUGUGGCCCUGCUACCGUGCCGUCGUUCGCCUGAGCCGCCGCGCUGACGGCGAGAUUAGGAGUGGAGAAGAAGCUGCAACAGGCAAAACAUUGGGUGGCCCAGCAGUACAUUUACUUAUUCACUCAGUGCUGCUUGUCAUGUUCCUAGGCACGUGGAUGCUUGGGGAUGUUUAA